CUGAGCCAACGCGAGUUGGCAGAGCUUUUCGCUUCGUCCCCAAAGCAUAACACCCAGUCGCCUUUUGACUGUUGCACUGCCAGCUAAUAAUUCGUGGCAUUCUCCUUUGAACUUUGUAAUUUUCACAAAAAUGUCGACUGGUCGCAUGUCCGAUGAGCAAUUCGCAAAAUUACUCGAAACAAUACGCGCAUUAGGUCCACAACACACCGAGCAGCAACAAAAACAACCGAUUGGCAAAUCAAAGAGUAGUUUUAGCAAUUGCAGUGUCAGUUUUUAUGGCCAGCGGGACAAUGAUGCCGUCGAAGAGUUUAUCAACGCAAUUGAGACAUACAAGGAUAUGGAAGAUAUCAGCGAUCAAGAUGCACUAAAAGGUUUGCCACUUCUCUUUCAUGGCAUUGCUUCAACAUGGUGGAAGGGUGUGCGUCGUGAUGCCAAGUCAUGGCAAGAUGCUCUGACACUGCUGCGUGAUCACUUUUCGCCUACGAAACCACCUUAUCAAAUAUAUGUGGAAAUUUUUGAGUCAAAACAAUCAGGCAACACACCGAUUGACACUUUUGUGUGCCAGAAGCGCGCUCUGAUAGCCAAACUGCCGGAGGGGCGGCACGAUGUGGAAACUGAACUAGAUUUUGUUUAUGGUCUGUUGGACUCUAAAUAUCAGCAGCAAAUACCACGGCAUACGGUCAAAACAUAUAGGGAACUGUUGGAGAAAGGACGAAACGUGGAGCGGCACAGCAGGAGACAGUGAAGCGGAACGUGCAGAGUGUGGGUGACCUAGUGCUAGUUGUGUUCAGUUGUGUUAUUAUAAUAAUAAAAGUGUACAUACAUAAAUAUUAUAUUAAGGAUAUAUGUGCAUAUGGAUGUGUGUGUUUAUAUGCGUGCACACAAAUCUGUGUAGAUUUAUAAGUUCCUAUUCCUACGUUUAAUAAGUUGUUUAUUGAAUAAACAAACAAUAACAAAAAAUUAAUUGGGGCAUCCCCAAAUGUUGAAA